AUGCAAACUCCACACGGAAAGGCCGUGGUCAGAAUUAGAAACUUCGACGUGGGACAGUGGUAUCCACAGCACCACCACGCCACCAUAAUCUCUGGGAGCCUCACGUCCACCUGUCACCGACCGCCGGGCACUGAGGCUGGGCUCCCUGCGCUCGCUCCACAGACGCACAGCCCGUCACAGAGCGCGCUCUCUCGCCCGGCUCCGGAACUUUCCGCCUCCGACCUCGGCUCCGGCUCCAGCUCCGGCGGAGGACAGGGAGAAGCGGGAGGAGCCAGCCGGCCAGAGGAGGAGGAGAAAGAGGAGGAGAAAGAGGGGGGAAUCCACCCUCCUGACGACCCCUGCCUGGGGGGCUCCGGGACCAUGGCCGAGCUCCAGGGAGAGAGGCAGCUGUUCGAGAAGUUCUGGAGGGGCACGUUCAAAGCCGUGGCCACCCCCCGACCCGAGAGCAUCAUCGUCGCCAGCAUCACCGCCAGGAAGAGCGUGACCAACGUGGAGGCCCCAGCCUGCCAGGCACGCGCGGCUGCUGAGAGCCUGACCGAGCCGGCGGAGAGGACAGCGGUCAGCGUGGAGCGGAGCCGACGCAUCAAAGCCCGAGGCCGCAAGCGCCAUCACGCCAGCCGCCGCCGACUGCGCAGCCCGUUUGAUGACGAUGAUCUCACCCCUCGGCCCGCACCCAAGGGCAAGAAGAAGAAGAAGAAAUCAGAGAGGAAACGGAGAAGGAAAAGGUCUCCCUCAUAUAGCCUCUCGCCCGUGAGGAAGAAGAAGAAGAAGAAGAGCUCUAAGAAGAGAAAGCGAAACAGGUCUGCCUCCAAAAAGAGAAGGCAUGGCUUUACAAGUUCGAAAAGCAAAAGAAAGGAGGACAGAAAGCACAAGAAAAGGUCACGGAGUCGCGCACACAGGAGACGGCACUAUCGGAGGUCGGAGUCAGAGAGUUCUGCUUGGCGGUGCUCCAGCGCUGACAGCAGGCAUCUGCGCAGGUCUACUGAGCGCGCUCAGUCGAAGGGUCCAGCCAGGCGUCACAGCCUCAGACAGAACGGCCUUGCGUCCGAUGACCAGACCGGGUUCGAGUGGCGACCGGUUACCAAGUCAACCUGUACGACUCCUCCAAACUUCCACUCGGGCCCUUCCGAUGGCAGCAUUGUGCAGUCAGGUUCUGGAGGUGACAUUUUUACCAAAAAGGGAUUCCCCCAUGACAUUCUGUCCAAUCAGAACAGAGGACGUCAGGAUUACGACUCCGGGAACGACACGUCUUCUCCGCCCUCAACCAAAACGAACUUGUCGAGGUCGAAGGUCAACGAAGAUAAAAAGAGCCUGUGUGUAGAGUUGCCGACCCCAGAGAAACUGAGAUUCACAGACGGUGAUAACGCCUCCGAUUCAGGCAACUCAGUCACCAGUUACUCCUCUCUGUGUAAACCGCUACCCUUGGAAAAGGGUUCAAAUCACGUAAAUGGCAACAGACAUAGCGACCCAGCGACAGCGAGCUAUGGUGUGGUGCUGGGCAGGCGGAGGUUUGUGGUCUCCCCUGGCCGGAGCCCGUCCCCUCCCCGUGGUCGUUCCAGGACGUGCUCCCGGAGCAGCAGUCGGAGCCGGAGUAGGAGCCGGAGUCGGAGCGGAUCCUCCCAGAGUUCCGGGCGCUCCCCCCGAUACUCUCGAAGUCGAUCGCUGUCCUCAAGAAGGUCCUACUCCCAUUCGCCCAGCUAUGCAGCCAAAUCGAGGAGCAGGAGGAGUUCGGCCAGUGGGAGUUCCCACAGGAGCUCCAGCUACUCAAGACACUCCCUCAGCAGGUCCAGAGAGCCAGAGCGGAAACACAAGAAGUACAGCUCCAGCGAAAAGCAGACCAGACGGGGUCGAGAAAGACACAGACGCAAGUCCUACUCUCCCAUGAGGAAGAGGAGAAGAGAUUCCCCCAGUCACCUGGAGGCCCGAAGAAUCACCAGCGCCAGAAAGCGACCCAUCCCCUAUUACCGGCCCAGCCCCUCCACGAGCAGCCGAGCCACCAGCGUUUCCUCCUGGUCCAGCCUCUUCGCCCGCAGCCACAGCCGGACCCGGAGCCCAAGCUUCUCCUCCUCCUACCGUAGCUACAGCCGCAGCUCCUGGAGCUCCGCCAGCCGCAGCAGGAGCAGGAGCAGGAGCCGCAGCUACGACUCGGCCGCCAGCUACGGCCGCUCUCGCCGCUGA